AUGGGCGACAUUAAGGAUCAGGUCCCCGAUAUCUUAGAGGAUGUGCAGCAGCGACCAAACCAAGCAGAGGAAAAAGGCGAAAGGGAGGAAGUCAUCGAUGAAUCGAAAUACAUGAAAGGCUGGAAGUUGUAUAUGCUGACUCUCGGCUUUUGGAUUGCACUCUUCUUGUCGACCUUGGAAACAACCAUUGUUAGCACCUCUCUUGUUGCUAUUACAGACUCGCUCAGAGGAUUCGAUAUUCGCAAUUGGAUAGUGACGGCGUAUUUCUUAACCUACACCGGCUUUCUCAUCAUCUAUGCGAAGCUUAGUAGCAUAUUCGGUCAGAAGACUAUGAUGCUCUUAGCCCUUAGCACCUUCACCGUUUUCUCUAUUGGAUGUGGAGUGACAAAUGAUAUUACCACACUGAUCAUCCUACGCUCUUUCCAAGGGGUGGGAGCCUCUGGUAUAUACUCUAUGGUGCUAGUUUUUGCGCCGUCCCUUGUGCCUAAGCGGGAAUACGGUAAAUUUAUCGGCAUUAUAUCCUCAGUCUUCGUUCUUGCCAGUGUCCUUGGCCCUAUUCUAGGGGGGAUCAUUGCCACCCAUUCCACCUGGCGAUGGGUUUUUCUACUAAACGCACCUGGGGGUGCAAUAUCGAUCAUUCUUAUCGCUAUAUUCCUUCCAGCAAGUAAACACGAUAUCCCGAUCAGCUUACACAACCGCAUUUGCAACAAAUUGGCCCUAAAUAAUUUGAAAAGAGUGGAUAUACUCGGUGCUUUCCUUCUUCUAGUUGCCUCAAUCUUAUUUGUUUUCGCUCUACAGGAGGGAGGGUCAAGCUUUCCAUGGCGAAGUACAGCGAUUAUCUGCGCAUUUACAACCUCAGGUAUUGCGUGGGUUGCAUUUAUUCUGGUGGAGAUUCGGCUGGAGAAUUCGCCCUCACUGCAAGAGCCAAUUUUCCCAAUACGGUUACUUAAGAACCGUGUUGUCGCUGGCAUGAUGAUUACGACAUUUCUAAUUGGUUUCCCUUUUGUUGCUAUUGUCACAAAUAUACCCCAAAGGUCACAAGCAGUCAACGGCUUUUCAGCGGUGAGAGCCGGGCUUACCUUACUUCCACUUCUACUCUCCUCCCCAUUUGCAACAACUUUAUCCGGCGUCCUCACAUCAAAGUUCAAAGUGCCCCCUAUCUAUAUUAUAUUUAUUGGAGCAAUUCUACAGGUCCUGGGUGUAGGACUAACAAUUACUUUACCAGACCACGGUGGAGAAAUUUCAGCGCUGCAGUAUGUAUAUGAGACGAUCAUGGGUAUCGGAUUUGGUUUUACCCUUACUACUAUAUUAACUCUGGCCCAGUUGGUUGUAGAGGAGCAGGAGGCAGGGUUGGUUAUGGGAGCCCUUACCCAGAAAGACGCUGUUCGAAAUGAGUUUGCGCAUGGGUAUAAUCGUCAGAUGGGCCUAUUAACUGUGUUCAGUGGGCUUGCGUUAUUAGCGACUCUUUUGCUAUGGGAGAGAAAACCUCGUGUGGUUGUCUAG